AUGCUCUCAGUGGCCUGUCCUACAUGCCUCACUCCCUCACUCUCCUCCUCGAGGUUUGCGGUGUGUGUGGCGAUGGCCUUAGGCUUCCUUGCCCUGCAGCACUGCAUCCUGGGGGGUCCCUCCUUCUGGCGCAACCACGUCGCUCUCUACAAGCUCACAGCAGCACUGGGGAUCAUUGUUGACCGGCUCUGCUUCUCCUCCCCGCAUCACUCCGCCACGCACCUGUCCAUCCGAGGCUGUUUCCGCACCACACUGCGCAUCAUCGCUUCUUUCCUCGACAUUGCGAUUCUCCUCACAGUCUUCGUGGUAUCAUUCGCCUGGCUCGCCUACAUCAUCUUUGGUUCCCCUCUCCAAGAAUCAACAACUUCCACUGCCGCCGCCGCCGCCACCACCAUUGCAAUCCACCCCACUUCCCCAAUCUCCACCUCCUCCUUCUCCGCCUCCUCCUUUCCACCCCCCUCCUUGCCUCCCCCCUCUCCACCCCCCCCCCCUCCCCCUCCCCCUCCCCCUCCGCCUUCUCCUCUCUCCCCGCGUCCCUGCGGGCCACGCCACGCCGUGUUCAUCCUCCUCGCCACGGCCAACAACCCCAACGUGUGGCUGCCAGAGCUCAACGCCUCGCACCUCUCCUUCCUCUUCUUCGCCUCCUACCUCGCGCUCGGUCUCUUCUUCAUGAACCUCGUUCUCUCUGUCAUCUACUCCUCCUAUAGCUCCCAGGUGCGACCGUCCCUUUGGUCUGCUUCUUGUUUCCAUCCCCUUGCUUCUCGCCACCUACCCAUCCCCCAUCCCCUCUGCCUCCUUCUCUCUGUCAUCUACUCCUCCUAUAGCUCCCAGAUGGCAGUGUGGGAGCGCAAGCAGGUGACAGCAAGGGAGGCAUGUCUGCAGGAGGCCUUUACUCUCCUGGACGACAGGAGGCAGGGGUGGGUGUCCGCACGCACCAUCACACUGCUGCUCCGAGCCAUGGAGCCAUUCAAGUCCCACCCACACGGUGCAAGGCACAUGGCGUCGCUCUUCUUCCGUCUGGACACGCGGGGGGACCUGCGCAUCUGGGCAGACGAGUUCCAAGGGCUGUCCCAUCCGCAUGGCGCUAGGCACAUGGCGUCGCUCUUUUUCCGCCUGGACACGCGGGGCGACCUGCACAUCUGGGCAGACGAGUUCCAGGGGCUGUGCCACGCGCUGGCGCACCAGGCCUCCCUUCUUGAGGCGCCUCCGAAGCAAUGGUUCCAAGGGUGGUUGUGGGGUGGCAUGGGGCAGCUGCAGCACGCGUCCGUUCUUGAGGCGCCUCAGACACAGCAGUUUCAAAGGCUGUGGGGUGGUAUGGGGCACCAGGCACGGGAGGUGCUGGCGACAGGAGAAAGGGGAUGGGGCGAAGGGGAGGGGCGAGGGGAAGAGCCCUCCACCAUUUCUGCUGCUUCUGCUCCGCACUUAACCCGUCACAGCUUCUCUGAUCGCCCGUCUUCCUGGCUUGCUGCUACGUCGACCGGCCGUUUGCCACACUCCAAGGUGGCUCAAGGGAUUAGAGAUGGGAUGGCGGUGUGUGAGAGCGCAGGGGUACACACAGCAGCAGCAGCAUGUGCACGUAAUGGUGGUGUGAACUGUUGGGUGCAGCAGCAGGGGUGGGCGUCGAGGGUGGAGCAGCUAGGGCUCGUGCUCACACUGUUGCUCAUGGCAGAAGCACACAUGGUGACACCCCCCUCCCACGCCAUGCCAUGCCCUCUUUCUGCCCUUACUUCCUCAUCCACCCUCCCUUGCUCUCCCCUCCCUUCCUCCCUCCCUCCCUCCCUCACUCCCUCCCUCCCUCCCUCCCUCCCUCCCUCCCUCCCUCCCUCCCUCCCUCCCUCCCUCCCUCCCUCCUCCCUCGCUCCCUCCCUCGCUCCCUCCCUCGCUUCCUCGCUCCCUCGUUCCCUCGCUCCCUCCCUCGCUCCCUCGCUCCCUCCCUCGCUCCCUCCCUCGCUCCCUCCCUCCCUCGCUCCCUCGCUCCCGCCCUCGCUCCCUCGCUCCCUCCCUCGCUCCCUCCCUCCCUCGCUCCCUCGCUCCCUCCCUCGCUCCCUCGCUCCCGCCCUCGCUCCCUCGCUCCCUCCCUCGCUCCCUCCCUCCCUCGCUCCCUCGCUCCCUCCCUCGCUCCCUCGCUCCCUCCCUCGCUCCCUCCCUCCCUCGCUCCCUCGCUCCCUCCCUCGCUCCCUCGCUCCCUCCCUCGCUCCCUCCCUCCCUCGCUCCCUCGCUCCCUCCCUCACUCCCUCCCUCCUUCGCUCCCUCCCUCCCUCCCUCACUCCCUCCCUCGCUCAGGCAUCCCUUACGCCGCGUGUCAUGAUCCCUUCUCCGUCCCAGCCUUUACCCAUCCUCCGUGCACGUGUCCAUCGUCCCUCUCACUCGCAAGGCAUCGCUGGUAUCGAUCCGUCACUCCUCAUUGCCGCACAGCCAUGGCCAAGCAUGCCUCCGCAUCUCUCUGACGCGCUACACUGGUUGCAAGCUGCACUGCUCUUCCGCUGCCUCCCCCUCCUCCCAUUCUCCCACUACCUCCCUCGUCUACACCUCCUCCUCUCCUCCCUCGCUACCCUCCUCCCCUCCAUCCUCCCCAUCCUCGCCCUCCUCUUCACCACCCUCUCCCUCUUCUCACUCGCCGGCACACACCUCUUUGGCGGCUUCCUCUCCUCACACCACCCCCAGCUUCAAACCACAGACUACUUUCAAUCCGGCUUCCUCCCCCUCAAUUUCAACGACUUUCCGGCUUCGAUGGCCGUGGCUUUCAACCUGUGUAUUGUGAACAACUGGUAUGUGAUCAUGGAUGGGGUUGCGGCAGUGCUGCCGCCCGAGCAGCAGUCGAAGGCGACUGUGUACUUUGCGCUGUUUUACGUGGUCAUUGUGGUGUUUGUGCUCAAUGUGGUGGUCGCUUUUAUUCUCGAAGCCUUUGUGAAGGAGUUGAGGUUCCGGGGAGGCUCACAGAGGGGAGAUUGGGGACUCAGGCCAGGAGCUGUACCAGCAGCAGCAGCACCACCACCAACAGCAGCAGCAGCACCACCACCGCCACCACCACCACCACCGGCAGGUGGUGGCUUUGCAAAGGAGCAGCUGAAUGCAGCAGCGAUUAGCAGGAAUGAGCAGGAAACAGUAGGGAGUAGCAGGGAGCGGCAGAGAGUAGCAGGGAGCUGCAGAGAGUAUCAGGGAGCGGCAGAGAGUAGCAGGGAGCAGCGGGAAACAGCGGGGAGCAGCGCGGAGCAGACAGGGAGAAGCAGGGCUGGGUGGGAGAGCUCACGUGGAUUUGGGGAGGCGGAAGAACUUGCGGAGAGGGUUGGCUUUGGGCUGGUUUAUUUUCUCAACGGCGUUGCCUUCGCAGAAUUCGCUGGUGAAGAACUGCACCUCCUUGCAUGCGUUGCCCCCGCCACCUCCCACCUUCCUGGCUUUGCCGUUCCGCGCCCGUUUGCCGUCCCACCACACCGUUGCGCUCUGCUUCGCCUUUUUGCCGCCGCGCCCGUUGUUGGCCUCGAGGUACACGCAGACUGCCGACUCGAACACGUAGGACGAGCCGCCGACGGUCACCGUCGUGGACACGUCAGCAUUUGA